AUUAUUACUUUGUCAUUUUCUUCAAACAGAUUUCGUCUUUAGCGAAAGAAAAUUAUUAUCCUGUCAGUAAAAAUUCUGCAAAUGAUGCGGGCCCACUGCUGUUUGUAAAUAAUUAGUAAUUAACGGGACAAUCAGCAUUGCAGCGCCCAGAGUACCGCUUUAGAGUCAGCUCCUUCAGUAACAGAAUGGAUCACACAGAUCAGGAGGACCUGCUGGCCUUCGAGCGUCGGCUGGCUGAGGUGGUAAACACCGAGAAACGGAGUUCAUUUCGCUGGCGCUUUGUCCUGGGCGCCAUCUUCGCCUGCUCGGCGAUCAGUGCCUGUCAUUGGGUUCGGGAUGCCAAGGAAAGCGAGUCGGUGGUGUUCAAGAUACUGUCCAGUCACAGCGCCUUUGCCUUCUCCCUGGCAACCAUAUGCCUGCUAGUCUUAUAUGGAGUCAAUCACGCCGCCAAGCAGGACCCCAGCAUCCUGCGUGACACCCGAGAAAUGCUGUCUCCGUUCCGUCUUAACAUUGAUAACCAGGGACGUCUCAUCCUCGUUCCACCGCAGACAGAGUAGCUGAAUAUACAUCCCCAAAAACACAUUCUUAUUGACUGCGUUCCCAGUUGAUGCCAGUCAAAUAAAUGAUCCUCAUAAA